UAAGCAAAGUUCUGCACGCUUGCAAUGACCGGCUUCGAGUUAAUACUCUCGGCGGCGCUGUGUCUCUCAUGUACAAACCUAACGAAUACACGCCUACCCGAGGGCCUCAUAGAGUUGGAUGAAAAUGGCAGCGUUGUUACAAUAUCGCCGGAUUUGGCUGUAGACGAACCAUCCUUGGAUGAUGCACCACUGGAAACGGUUAAAACCAUCAUUGCUAAGAAAGAGAAAACCGAUAAGUUGAAACAAUGGAUAAAGGGUAGAAAAUUGAUAAUUGCUACCCUGGAGGAUUAUCCGCUCAGCUAUACAGUUAUGGAGAAUGAUACAAGAGUGGGCAAGGGUGUGGCGUUUGAGCUGAUCGAUUUCUUGCAGGAGCAAUUAGAAUUCACCUAUGAAGUUGUGGUGCCCGAAGAUAAUAUCAUUGGUUCGAGGGAGGAUUAUGAGAAGAGUCUUAUAAAGAUGCUGAAUAACUCGGAAGCCGACUUAGCCGCCGCUUUCAUACCCACACUCAGCGAACAACACAGCUUCGUUUUCUACUCAACAACCACUUUGGAUGAAGGUGAAUGGAUUAUGGUGAUGCAGCGUCCACGUGAAUCGGCCACCGGAUCCGGUCUAAUGGCACCAUUUGACUUCUGGGUUUGGAUUUUAAUUUUCAUUUCACUGUUGGCGGUGGGACCCAUCAUUUAUAUCCUCAUUAUAUUACGUAAUCGCUUGACUGGUGAUAAGGAGCAGAAACCCUACUCGCUGGGUCACUGCGCUUGGUUUGUCUAUGGUGCAUUGAUGAAGCAGGGCAGUACGCUGUCACCGAUUGCGGAUUCAACACGCUUACUCUUUGCCACCUGGUGGAUAUUCAUUACGAUAUUGACUUCAUUCUACACGGCCAAUUUAACAGCUUUUCUCACGCUAUCUAAAUUUACUUUACCCUAUAAUACCGUUAGCGAUAUACUAUAUAAGAAUAAACAUUUUGUAUCGGCACGCGGUGGCGGCGUAGAAUAUGCGAUAAGGAAUACCAACGAGAGCCUCUCCAUGCUGACCAAUAUGAUACGCAAUAGUCACGCCGUAUUCUCGAAGAGCUCGAACGAUACUUUCAAUUUGCAGAAUUUCGUUGAAAAGGAUGGCUAUGUAUUCGUACGCGACCGUCCCGCUAUUAAUCAUGUGCUCUACGCCGACUAUCGUUAUCGCAAAACCAUAAGCAUGAAUGAUGAGAAGCUACACUGUCCGUUCGCUAUGGCUAAGGAGCCGUUUUUGAAGAAGAAUCGUUCGUUCGCCUAUCCGAUGGGCUCCAAUUUGAGUGAACUUUUCGAUCCAAAACUCCUCAAUCUCGUGGAAUCCGGCAUCAUUAAAUACCUGUCGACUAAAGAUCUACCAAAUGCUGAAAUCUGUCCACAGAAUUUAGCCGGCACGGAACGCCAGCUGCGCAAUACCGAUCUCAUGAUGACCUACUACAUUAUGUUCGCCGGUUUUGCCACUGCUAUGGUGGUUUUCUUCACCGAACUUAUAUUCCGCUACCUGAAUAACCGUCAUGAGGGUAACAAGUGGGCGCGUCAUGGCAUUGGACGCACCACAAAUGGGUUGUCAGUGCGUGCGCCACGUUGGCUGCGUCAAUUGGAAACGGAUAGUGACAAGCAACGUCUGACCGCAUCACCCACAGAGUCGACCAUUACACCACCACCGCCGUAUCAGAGUAUCUUCAGCAGCAAUCAUCGUCAUCACCAUGAGCAUGAAGCAACCCAUUUGAGUAAGGAUAGCAGCUUGCAUCGUUGGCGACGCGCUGGCCAAUUCGGCAUCGGUGCUGGUGGCUCGAAUUUUGGCGCAUUAGCCGCCGGUGUUGGCGGUGGUGCUGGUGUACUGCUGGGCAAUGGGCAGCUGCAAGGUGCCAGUGGUGCGGGUGGCAUGCGGCGUUUGAUUAACGGUCGUGAUUAUAUGGUUUUCCGCAAUCCGAAUGGACAGAGUCAGUUGGUGCCGGUGCGUGCACCCUCAGCGGCGCUAUUUCAGUAUACUUACACGGAGUAAGAGCCGUUAAAUUGGAUGUGCGGUAGUAAAAUGUGUAAUUGCACCAACUAAUGGGCUUUGAUGGAGAUAAUUUCCAGAAAAAAGUGUUGGUCAGAGAUAUGUACUCGUAUAUGGUGAAUAUGCUGUAUGCGGUCCUCACUUAAGAAAGAGAAACCUGAGAAUUUUGUGUAGUCUUUAUUUAUAUAAUACAAAUUGUUACUCAUAUCUUUGUAGUAGUUGUUAUAUAAUUUAUUUAGUUGAGUCAUUUCAGAUUUUUUACUUUCCAACCUAUUAGAUUUAUAUACCUAAAAAUCACAUUUUUCAUCAUAUAAGACGUAAUGAGCAAUAAAUUAUAGAAAAUGUUUGCACAAAAA